GAGAUAUACGAUACUUUAAGUCUAACAACUACAUAUGCACUAUUAUAUCUUGUAUGGGAAUAGUGUUUAUUCUGGAUAUGGUAGAGUUAGAGUGCUGAUAGGAAAGGCCUGCACUGAUACUAAAAUCUUUCACACUGUUCGAAAGUGCACUAUGUGUUACGUCUUAAAGGGGAAUACCAUGUAACAUGCAACAAAAUGGUUUCGAACCGGACAAAGCUCAGGGAUGCCAAAUUUAUUUCUAAAACAGACUUAAAAUCAAUUUACAAAAGAAACAAUUUGUUUAAAAAAUGCGUUUAUGAUUCAAAAGAUUUAUGUCGAGCAGAAUGGAAAGUUGUCAAGAAAAUUAUAUAUUUGAUUGCUCGGGAUACCUGUGAAGCGUAUUGCAGUCAUUUGUAUACCAGCAGUAGUGAUGGCUCACACCCUAUGCUAAAUAAGCGAACCCUAGACCGUGGCAGGAGCUUUUAAAAUUGCAUCAACUUGAAUUGUCAUGUAAAACGUAUAAAAAAUAAACAUUAAAUAAACUGGCCCGGAUUAACAAAACUAGUGCAAUAAAACACAAGUUUCAAGAUUUAAAAGUUAAACUCCUCUGUCCCUUUCGUAUUCAUAUUCAAAUGUCUCGGUAUGGCUAAUCAUUUUGUAAGAAGCGAAUUCCCGCAGCAAGUUUCAACCGAUCAGGCCAGCCAAGACCGAAGUGAAAUUGCAUUUUCUAAUGGAGCAUCGUUCACCUCGUUUUCCACAGUUGAUGGUUAUCUUUUAAAUUCUGAACACCAUGUUGUAAGAAAUGGUAUUUUAGAUGUAACUGGACAACAGCAAUUAGCAUAUACACAUUCCGUGGAAACAUCGGCAGGUACACGAAGACCAAGGCGACCAGCAAGACAUCCCGAGUAUAUAGAUUAUAGUCAAAGACUUAGAUCCUACGCUAGAUGGAUUCGCUUGAGUCCUGGUCCAGUCUGUCUCUGUGAAGCUGGCUUUUUCUUUACCGAUCAAGGUGAUUUGGUACGUUGUUUCCAAUGCGGUAUAGGUCUCAAAGAUUUCUCGUCAGGGGACGAUCCUCUACUGGAACAUGUACGACAUUCAGGAGAUUGCCCAUACCUUGUUGAACAUCUAGGAACUGCUGGGCUGUCUGCUAUAAAGACGAAAUGUCAGGCAGAGCAAGCAGAAUCUAAUGAACAGCAAAGGUCAAGCGUGCAUUGUCGACAUCCUCAGUAUCAGACCUAUGAAGCCCGUGUUUCAUCCUUUACUAGCUGGCCGAAUUAUCUAACUCAGAAACCGGAAGAGUUAGCAGAAGCUGGACUUUUCUACACUGGAGUUGAAGACCAUGUGCGCUGUUUCACGUGUGAUGGCGGGUUACGGCACUGGGAUGCAGAGGAUGAUUCAUGGACAGAACAUUGCCGCUGGUUUCCGUCUUGUCAAUAUGCCAGAGAGAAGAAAGGUGAUGAAUUUAUAGCACUUGUACAAGCUUCGACAGAAUACAAUGCCGAGGAACCGGAAAACCUUUCAAACGAAGGUACUGGUAGUCAAGGUCUAGUAGGUGGUGCAAUCGAGCAGAUGACACUUAGAGAUCCCGCGUUAAAGGCUGUUCUAGAUGAACAUAAAAAUGUAUGUCUAGAGAUGGGAUAUGACCUGGCAGACUUUAACGCAGCUGUGAAGGAUUUGAGAAACAUGGGUACUAUCAGGCCAACACUAGAUGAGAUUCUUGACAUGGUGGAGGUUGUACAAGAGAGGAAACAAAGCCAGCAAAGAGCUGCUGAACUAGAACAGCGUCAUGAAACGCCUCUUGAAGAAAACUUGCGUCUGAAAAGUUUUGUAAUCUGCAUGUCAUGUGGUAAAAACAACGUGAACGCUUUGUUCAUUCCGUGCACACAUCACCGUGUGUGCAUGGAAUGCGCGGAACCACUAACACAGUGUCCAGUAUGCGGGAGAAACAUCAGGCAGAAGAUUAGAACAUUCCUGGUGUAAAUUUCUCACUACAGUGCAUCUACGUAUGUCAGAAACAUAAACAUCUUUACUUUAAGAGGAAUACGUAAAGUGACGAGUUUUCAUGAAAACGAUGUAAAAUUAUGGGUAUAAAGAAUGCACUGUCGCUAUAAAUUAGUAUAAUUUUAGCGGCGAUUGUGUGAUUAAUUCCAAUACGCAUGUUUGUAUGUAUAUCUAUGCACGCAUGAUAUAGAAAAAAAGCGGUGUGUCUAAUUGGACUAAUGCUCUUAUAUGAAUGGAAUAUAUAUAAAAUUACAAGAAACGUUUAAAAGCAUCACAUAACCUUUGAUACCUGCACUUUUUUAUAAUGUGGAGGCGAAAUAGUUAACUGACAAAUGAGGUCCUCUGAUAUAUGCUCAUAGGAUAGUUUGGGUAUAUGUAGCUUGUUAUCUGAAUCCAGAUAAAAACUGAAAACAGUGUGACCUGGGAGGUUCAGUCAAUAUGUAUUUCUGAAAAUACAUCUGUUGUGAAGUUGUUCUAUGUAUCCGUUAACAUGUAAGUUCACAAACAAUCACUAAAGGACUGAUACAAUGAACGCAGUUUGUUCAUUAUUCUUACUUCGAAUUGAAUGCAUUAACCUUUUCCACUCGUUUUCGGAAAGGUUAGCAUAUUUUGUUUAUGUUUUGGUAUAUGUUUGCGGAUAAUUCCGAUGUUGCCUUUAGUUUCACAUUCAUUAAAGACUAAAUAUAUUCCAAGUGUUUCCAUAGCGUUUCCGUUCUAGACCACAGAACACUAAUCGAUGAAAUUAUUUACAAUAAGCCGCUUUUCGAGUAGAAAACAAUAUUUUUGUUUAAUAUAUUACAUGUAUUACAUGUAUCACUGUUUAACCGUUUCUGUCAUAUUUUGAUAAUUACUGUUUUGUAUACAUUUGUUUUUCACUUAAAUUAUAUUCGAUAGUGAUUAAAAGGGUGUCGUGGCUAAAUCUGUUACUGAAUAGGUAACGAACCUUAAAAUCGUUUCAGAUAAUCAAGUCGUAGUAGCAAUAACUUAAGAAGUUCAACAUAUUGUUCCUUUUGAUUAAGAACUGUUGUUUAAAGAUUCCACCAGUCCUACUAAUCAUAAAUGUGUUUUUUGUGAAUUCAGGCCUGGCGUUGCGCCUAUCCGUAUUGAAACAGGGAGGUAUGAAAACAGCAAGUGCACAUGUAGUUAUAAAGUGGAAUCUGAAUGUCAUGUCAUCUUAUACUGUUGUAAAGCAGAAUUAGCUGAUGGUAGAAGUUGGCGGGAAAGUUUUCAUUUUCUAGUAAAACGGAAUCUGAAUGUUAUGUUAUUUUAUACUGUCAUAAAGCCGAAUUAACUGACAGUAGCUUCUAUAGUUUGAACGACAGCGAUCAGUUUAGGUAUUGGACCCGUUAUGACAAUCGGCAAUUUCUAUAUCCUUUACGUGUAAUUUCGGCACCAUUCGGCCGUAAGAGGAACCUAUUUUUCACAACAAUCGAAGAAUGCCGAAAUCACAUACGGAAAUUACGUAAUUGAACGAAAAUUACUGAUUUUCAUUAAAGUUUCACUAUCUUAAAUAUUUUACUUACGCACAAAGAACUGAUUAGAAUAUGUAGGGAAAAAAUCUGUUUUAGAAUUCAAAAUAGAAAAAAAAAAACUUUAUAUAUAUAUUAUGUUAAUAAUGUCUUUGUACAUACAUGUAUAUCAUAUUUGAUAUAUUUUAGUAUGUGUGUUUUACCAAAGAGCUAUAAAAAUAAACUUCUUUGGUUUUACAUCUCCUACAUCGGAGCUGCUAAUCAGUUCUCUUUUAAUUUGUGGACUUCUUAAAACAUUGCUUUUGUAUGCGUACUUUUUCUGAUACUUACUUUGCAUUGUGGUGUUUUACUACAAAUCAUUUAAGUAGACUCUGUCAUCGAUUAGCACUCCAAUUCUUAUCUAUGUAAAUAUACAUCAUAAUAUGAGGUUUGCUGAAGUAAAUGUUUCAUAGGCCUCUAAUUAUUCAUGUAGAUAUAGUGGCUAUGUACACACAACUGUGGUAUAUAUCUUUUGUUUUAUUUAUGUACAUAGAUAUGACAUAAUCAAACAAAUAUCCUAUAUAUAAUAUCAACUAUAUCAUUUCGCUGUUGCACUCAGUGCAUCAUUGAAAGUAAAAUUUAUAGCUCAGUUAUUUUGACAAGACUUAUCAAAGAUAUCAAUUAUCAAGCCCAAAAGUAUAAUGACUAGAAUAUCUUUGACAAAAACAUCUGGAUUUUAGCGAUUUGUUCAAUUUAUUCAUGCUGCUAUUACAAUGAUUGUGCAAAUAUGUAUAUGCAUUGAGAAAAAAAGUCGCUAUGUUUCUCUACUGAUUAAUCUUAAUUUCCAUCCUAAAUACGGGUAUCGUUACCAAGAUUUUACCAAGAUAUAUACCGGAUCCCUUUUAGUAUUUUGUUAACAUCAUAAAUUUUAAAUGUUUACUUCAAGUGUUAAACCUUGUGAUAUAUCACAUUCAUGCAAAACCAGAUAAAGCUAUUCAUCGUUAUUUGUCUUUAACAUCAAUAAACUUAUCUGAAAAUUUA